GGCCAGGCAGGCGGAGGGGUAUUUGUGUCUCGAAGUCACAGGCUGUGUCAUUCGGUUAGACGGCGUUGAGAAGGAAGUUGUUUAGUGUGAUCAGUCGUACGUUACUGUGACGUGGCUAGUUUUAUAAAAUUGCUUGUUGAUCUGCUGUCGACGUAACGCAUAGGUAAAGGAAUGCAGACCAACAGGUUAAUUUUCCUACGUAUAGUAGAAGGAUAACAUUACAAUCUGUGUUUUACAUACUGUGACAUAGAAGUGUUGGUGUGUUGAAACUAAAUAGUUGCGGAUGUUUUGUAUGUAGCUGUUGGAGGAUUUUUUUUUAUUUGGGGGGAUUUUAUAAAUUAAUGGUUAAAAUGUCGGUGAUGCAGAUGGGCAAACGGCAGCACUGUUAUUUGUGUGAUUUGCCCCGUAUGCCUUGGGCUAUGUUACACGAUUUCUCUGAAGCCGUGUGUCGGGGUUGUGUGAACUAUGAGGGUGCGGACCGCAUCGAAUUGGUACUAGACACAGCGCGUCAGAUGAAGCGAGCCCACGGCUUUCAAGAGUCGAGAAGUAGUUCUGGUUCGAAACCCCAGCCGGGAAGUGUACACCGCUCUUCAAGUAUACCUCACGAAACACAGCACCAGAAUGGUGUUACUGGUUUGGAGGUGGUAAGUUUGCCUCCAGCUGCCCAUGUCCCUAGUAGGCAACAGCAGCAGCCGCCUCCACCACCCCCCGGAGGUCCGCAUCACGGUUAUAGUACUUUACACCACCCGAGAUCUGCCGGACUCUUGGCAGAGUAUCAGACGGCGUCAAGUGUACCCCAGCCUCCACCACCGCGGAGUGCGGCUGUACCACGCACCCUAUCGUCAGAUGGAAGCCCCAGUGAACACGAGACUGGGAUGACCAUGACGCGGACCGUGAGAUUGCCGACUUCUCAUCUGGCAGCCGCCGCUCAUCAUAACAUGCAGCAGUCACAGCAUCAUCAUUCCUCGAAUGGAGGUCGCCCGAACUCUCUCCCACCUCAGGCCUCUGGAGGAAUCGGUCUCAAGAGAGGUCUGUCUACCUCGACCGAGGACGACGAACAUCAUCCUCAUCACCAUGUGAACGGUGACGGAGUACCGACGACCAAGAGAAUGAUGAGCGUGGAAGAACACUCCUCCACGUCUCGACCACCGCUGACAAGAGGGGAGUCCCUGCCUGCUGCUGUUACUCACACGACGCCGUUCAUAGACAGUCGCUACAAGGAAAAACAUCCCGUUAGGGCGCCGUCCUUUGAUACUGCCACUUACAAACCUAACGGUUACCCCGCAGUACCUCUGGGCGUGAGUAAUGGAGGCGCAGGCUCCCCUCUGGGCCCCCGAACCGGGUCCCCCCCGGAGUCGCAGCAAUCCAACUCUCAGGCCCCUUCUCAGCAGCAGCAGCAGCAACAACAGCAGGGCGGCAACGGGCAAUCGCCUAUGGCAGCCCUCAUGUCAGUAGCUGAUAAUCUGCCCCCUGGUUCACCUCGAAGUACUGGGGGGAGUCCCCCGGGAUCUGGGGGCCCGAGGUCAGCCUCAAGAGGUUCUCAGCAUUCACCAAAUUCCUCAGGAUCCAGUAGUGGUCGCCGAUCAUCAGGUAGCCGUCAUGUUAGUUCAACAACAGUGACCUCUAGUGAAACUACCAGUGGUAAUGGCGUGGGUGGUGGAGAGGGUGCCGGCACACCAACUGGUAGUGCAGGAGAGGCAGGUGCCAAUUCUGGUGGAGGUACCAGCAGUGGAGCCCCAGGGGCUGUACCCAGCACAACUACGCUCAAGUGUACACUGUGCCAAGAACGGCUCGAGGAUACACAUUUUGUCCAAUGUCCCUCCGUCCCUCAUCACAAGUUCUGCUUCCCCUGUUCUCGGGAUAGUAUCAAGAGGCAGGGGGCUGGAUCAGAGGUUUAUUGUCCAAGUGGAGAGAAGUGCCCUCUGGCAAACUCAAAUGUUCCUUGGGCAUUUAUGCAAGGUGAAAUUGCAACCAUCCUCGGUGAAGAAUUUAAAGUGAAGAAGGAAAGGGAGACUUAAGCCACAAUGAGGGGGACCCAGGUAAAUGGGUUAUUUGUCUCCAUACUUGUUUCCAGCUUCUCUUCUCUUUUUCUGUAAUUGAGAGAGAGAGGUUGUGUACUGCAGUGGGAGGUCAGUUAGCAAGCCGAUCACUCUGAAUGUGGCAAGGAUUAAAGGUGUGUGGUACAGUUACCACAUCCCAAAGUAGAAGCUGAUGGAGAGGUACAAAUAAAAGCAUCAGGUUUAGGUUUCAAAGAGUUCCUACACCCAGGAAAUAGAGGCUGGCUAUUUCUGGGAGGGUAAUGGUAAUUCCUGGCUCAGGAUAUGAAAUAGGAUGAGUUGAUAACAGGAAGGUCUGUUGUAAAGCCCCUUAAGAUAUUAUUGUACGAUCAAAGUGCAGGCUACUUUAGGCCUUGAAAUGAUUAAUAUUGGUUAUUUUAUGGUCGAAGUAUAGGCUACUUAUUGGCCUUAUAUGGUAAAUAUAGGUAGUCAUCUGUUUUUGAAAAAUACUGAUUUGUGUUGCAUCUUACAUUCAUGGUUGCUAAGGUGGAUGUAGUAUAAAAUGGAAAUGGAAUAUCACAAGCAGUCAGUUGAUACGACUGUGUUUUGUUAACCCUCAUUUCUGGAAAUCGUUUUGAUAUGAUAAGGGUACAUGGCAUAUUGGGUAUUUUUUCCUUACCUGGCCAUUUUCUCACAUUUUCACAAUGAUGUGUUGCAGACAUUUGAUUUUUCUUUGCUGAUCGAUAUAAUUUCUUGUUGGCAAAAACAAAAGUAGAUGCUGUGGCUCUUUAUUUCAUGUCUUUCAGAAGGAUUUGUCUAACGUGUACAUAACAAAACAUUAGCAUUUGUACAUAUGGUUUGAAGAGUCUGAUGCAUUUGUCUUGUGAUUUGCACGAAUACAAAAUGUUUUGUGUAACAAGCAUAACACGAAGACAAAAGACAGGUACAAAGUUUAGCAGUUAAGUUCUGUAACUUCAAGAAGAGUCUGGUGUUGCUUUUUAAAAAGAGAGCAAGUUUAUGUGAAGAGAAUGUGUAUUAGUUAAUGUAGCAGCUCAGUUUUUCAUUCAGAGCCAAUUUUUUAUGAAGAGUUUUAUAAUAUACUCAGAUUAAAAGUAAUGAAACUCUCCUUAAGUGUACAAAUUUUGAGUGUCAUGUGUAAUAUGGACAUUUUGUCGUUCUUGGGAGGGCCAAUAGCAGUAAAAUAUUUUACUAGUAUAAAUUAUAGCAUGUUUAUCUUGCGUCAUAUAGGAAACGUUUUUAUUUUAUGACUAAGUGUCGUCAGGUUGAAGCAGUGCGUCACUAAACAUGUUCAAAAUUUGUAAAGAUAACAUGAGAAAAUUGUUAGGAAACUGUCAGGUGUUUAAGCUCCAGAUUUUAAGAAUUGAAUUGCACUUGUUACAGUAAUUUUGUCUAAUAUACCAUAUUUGCACCCAGGUUUGAAAUUUAUAAUUCAUAUGAACUAUUCACUCCUCAUGAAGGAAGUAUUGCUACUCUUUAUGUAACUAAUGAAGGUAGUGGUUUGGAGUGAAGAAGUUCUGGGAUUACUGCUUGUGGCUGAGCCAGCAGUACAGUUGCUGCUGUAACAAGUGUUGUAACUUGCCAGUCCAGUGUGCAAGAGAACUUGCAAUACUAGCUGAGCAAUCUCAGGCCUCUCCUUGUUUUCUUGUAAUUAACCUGUAUUUUUGCUGUGACAGAUAGUUGUGUACACUACUAAAAUACAAAGUGUUUUGUAAUAAUAAUAAUAAUUAUAAAUAAUUAAUUCAUGAUAUAAAAGUUCCUUGUGGGCAUUUCAAGUCUUUAUAUAAUUUUGUGCUCUUCUUAGAUAUCUAACUUUUUUUUCCUGUUCUGCAGUAAUUGGUUUAAAUCUUCCAUAAAACCUAUAAUGUUUAAUUUCCAGAAGUAUGUUAUAUCAUAAGUAUUAUUUCAAGGUUCAGUGAAAUCACUCCUCUUCUGUUAAGAUUUUGGCCUACAUUUUAACAAUGCACAACCUCAUCUUUCAGCUGACACGAUAUUUGGGCAUGAUCUAAACCAAACAGAAUUACUUCAGCUAGACACUGUAGAAUUUGCAGUAGGAUUAUGAUACAUCAGUAUUUUAAAUUUGUCUCAGUUCAUAUUUUUGUGCCAUGAAUAUGUUAAAGUUCAAACUAUUGAAGUCUGCAGUUUCAUUGUCUUACUACAUAGUUUGCAUUAAUAUGAUAGUAUGGAUUAGGAUAUUUUGACUACAAUGUUUCUGUAUACACAUGUGAUGUGGUUUUAAAGCCUCUCUUCACUGAAGAAAUUAGUAAAACUCAAAACUGCAGCCUAGGAAUUUCCACUGAGAUACGCUUGUCGUAUAGUAGCUUAAUUUCAGGUUGUGCAUACUUACCAUUUGACCCUGGUAACUGUUUCCAAACGUUUUUGCUGUGACAUGCCUUAAAUGGUGGAGUGUAGCUGCAUUGUUGGGGGACAGGCAGGUUGUAUUUACCAUCCAUAAGCUAGUAAGGGCAUUUUGGGGUGGGCUUUGUAUCAGCACUGUCUGCUCAACUGUGUCGUUAAUCGUUUCAUGUUGUGCAUCUAAGUCAAGCAAAUCAUUUAAACAUGUACAUUAAGGGAGGAUUUGACAAAGCUAUAAUCUGCACCCGCCCCAUUAGUUGCACUUUGCUGUUGUCAGUUUACCGUACAGCCAGUAGCUCAGGGCAUAGCACUGUUGCUCCUGUUAACUCUCUUUGUAGUUAUCGACAUAUCAGAGACCAUCAUGAACAAGUGGCAGUGUGAACCACCUUAGAGAAAUGGUCUGGCUAGUUGGAAAAGGAUGGAAAUUAGUUUCUGUGUUGCAGCAGGAAUUUCUGGAACUUGAUAUACUACCGAUAUUUUUAGUAUUGAUUACACUAUGCAUCAUGGCUGUCACUGUUGUCUUUCUGCCAGUGAUGUCAUUAAUUGUCCUUAUUCCUUUUUCCUUGUUAGUAUGAAACCCCACCAACACUCCUUAUGAUAAGAACCUAGUCAAUGCCUGGGCGACUCCGUAAUUAGUUGCCCGAAUGAAAGGAACUCCAAAACUCGCUGGUGUGUUUUAAAUGAGAAAAAAAAAUCCCUUGUGUAGUAGCAUUAAAUUUAGUAGGUAGAGAAAUAUUUACUCUCUUGUUCUAUAUAGGUUUUUGCUAUGCUGCAAAUCGAUUAAUUGUAACAAGAAGUGGAAAAAAAUAAACGUUUCUGUAAAGUUGGUCCUAUACAUGAAGUUGGAGCAUUUUUAAUAGUGAACAUUCAUGUGUUCCACUUUGGUUCGUUUGUACAAAGAAGAAUUUUUGUGGUAACAUUUUUUUGUAAUGCAAGAACAUAAAAGAAGCAAAAGAAAUUAGUAAGGUGACUUCACACAUUUGCAUGAAACUAUUAAAACGUCUAAUAUUUACAAAAACUCCCAGCUAAAUGUUUAUGUUUGAUGCUUCGUUUUUUCAUGUUUGCAGUCUUCAGUGUUAUAUAUUAAUUUACAGUCCACAUGGUAACAGCAUUAGGUGGAACCGUAAAACCAAAUUUGAAUCUGUUAAGAAGUGAUAUUCUGUUCUUGUUUCAUGGUUGGAAGUGUGUUUUGAUGCUGCUGCUAUGUACAAGGAAAGAGAUCUUAAUUUUAUAUUUCAGACUCAGAAUUUAUAUCAGGAAUGCCAAAUGUGAAUUCAUAACUGGGUUUGAAAUGCUAAGACAUUUUUUGCUCAGUUAUAUGCAAACUGAAAAAAGGUACACUAUGUGUUGUCUUUUUGUGAGAUUUGAGGAAGUCGCAGCAGUUACUGUGAAGAUUACAGUCUUGGUGUGUGGCACCGUGCAGUCUGGUAGAUACCAAUAUUUUAAAAAAGUAUGAUGCCCCCAUCUUCAUGGUAGAAGAGCAAGUGAGAAGGGGGAAACCGGUAUUGCUGCAGCGAAUGAGAACACUGGGACCAGGUUUCUGAGCAGACCAAUAGGCGAAGUAAGAACAGAGUGGAGAAGGGCACUGCUAAUAUUUAAAGAGCCCUUGGAUCACAGUGCAUGGUGCCACAUUACACAAGACAGUAUUCUUUGUGAUUACUGAUUUUUUUGGGUGUUGUACACCUCUGAUGUUCCAAAGAAGCAGCAUUUUGGAAACUGGAUUUCUUUCCAUCUUCAGGUGAAAGUCUGGGAAGCAGCUAUUCCUGUGGGUUCCAAUUGAAAGAGCCGACUGUGUGAUUCUUGUGAACCCCCAAGAGUAGAUGCAUCCCACCAUUUUCUCUUGAAGAUGGAAACAUCCAGUUUCUGAAACAUGUUUAUUGGAACGUUAGGGGGUGUGCACAUUCCAUUAAGUCUAAUCCUGGGGUUUGUACGCCAUCAUCAAAACCCUUUAGAAUUACUAAUCUGUAUGUUUUGUUUAUUUGAAUUUUAUGUUUAGUUAGGGUUACAGUACUAAAUUGAAAGUCUUUAAAAGACGGCAAAGGACACACGUGGUAUGGAUAUAUGCAUACACACAUUUUUCGGUGCCCGUGAAUGUAUAUUUAUGUGAUUUCUUACACAUAGAUAAUUAAGAAGGAAUAUAUUAUUUUUCCAGUGUAAGCAGAAAUACUGACUUGAUUUCCUAGAUCGGUCUACCCCAUCUUAAUUAAAUUUAAAAUUAUUAAUUUUGUUUUGUUUAAUGAUACCUAGAUGGUCUUGUUUCAGAAUGUUAACAAAUUUAGUGACAGAUAUAACAGGCACAGAGGAUUCAUGUGCAGUGCUGAGUAAAGAAUGCCUAAAAAUAAUUCCUAGUGAACGUAGUGUCUCAUCUUUUUCUGUAGAUAAUUCUGGUUUUAAAUAUCACAAAAUUUAAGAAAUGUGGACUGAUGAAUAUUUUGCGACUUGAGAUUAGUCCAGAUUCAUGCCUAUUUAUUUGUAGUGUAAAACCAUGAUCACUUAAUGUGACAAGGAACAGAAGUCCUUGCCAUUUUGGAAAAUUGUGGCACCAUUGGUUUGCCUCUUGACAGAAAAUCCUUUAGAAGAAGUGAGAAUGGCGUCAUUUAUCAAACACUGAUCAACAAAUCUGCAGGUUGUUAGGUUUCCGGUGAAUACUGAAUAGUUGAUUACGCAGGUGUCAAUAAACUGGUGAUGUUGACACUUUAAAGAAGAGUAAAUUAGGGCAACUGAAUUUUUGUUGCCAUUAGGAGGAGAUAACCAUAGAAUGGAAAAAAAUGUUUUUGUACUUUAUUGUUUUUCACAAGAGUUCUUGUCAGUAUUUUUAAUAAAAAUGGAUACAAACCACAUUAAAAUUAAAGUAGUGAAUAUAUAUGUAUGUUUUUUAUGUUCUCUGAUAUAUACUACCCCAGUGUUUUUGUAAAUAUAUGUAAAAAUAGAUUUAAAAGCAAAUAUAUAUAUGAAACAUAAUUGUGGAAUUGUGUUGUAAAUGGUUGUUUCUCAUUGCUUGAAUGUUAAUGUAUGCCCUUUAUACAGACUUUAUGUUAACUGCUUCAUUAAUUUGUAGACAAAAUGGCGUCACCGAAUUAUCAUCCAAUCAGUGUUUUAGGAAAACCUUGGUAAUUACUGCUUUGUAAUGACUAAGAAUGCGAUACCUACUACUCGUCAAAUAAAAAAUAUUUUUCGGUGUUAAAA